AUGUCACAAGCAUCAGCCACCGACGACGCCAAGGAUCGACGCACCCACAACGAUGAGCAGCUUCUCUCACAAAAUGACGUCGUAGGCUUCAUCGAGGAGGAGAAGAUCAAUGUUGAACCUUUGGCAGAGCUGUUAUCAGGAAUCUCGAGUGCUGGACCUUCACAGCCGUCGGAACCUCCAGUACAGCAAAAUACAUCCGAUGUUCCACCAGUCGACGAUUUGACUUUCGAGGUGGCAAAGCUUGGGGCAGAGAAGGAUGAGCGAUACGCUACCGACAUGAACAUUGUCUUGAUCUUUUCUGGUAUUUUCUCCGCUGGAAGCACGUCUUUCAUUGUCGCGAUGAAGCCCAAUCUCAGUCCCGACCCUAGCGACACCACGAAUGCCCUUUUGAAGCAACUCGUGCAGAUCGGACUUGGCAAUCUCGCUGAGGCAGGCUCCACUCCCAUAGAUCCAAUAUCUACAUGGUCUCUGACCGCGCCGACCUUAUGGAUGUAUAUCGUACCUGUCUGCAACGUGAUAUAG